UGCCCCUCAGGCUAACUUCGAGAUUCAUAUAUGAACUUGGAACCCGCGAACACAAACCGCAUCGCAGUCUCUUAUCGACUCCAAAAUCUCAACCAUGGCUUCAGCAGAGAAGGGCAUGAAGCUCGACCCCAAAUACGAUCACUACGACUUCCCUACCAUCUCCCCAAACACGCUGAGCGGUCACCCAGGACACACAACGCCCGAGCAAGAUGCCCAGGUUCACCAAUUGCGCAUGAAGCUCGAGGCAGCUGGCUACACAGACCGACUCGAUACUCUGACUCUCCUGCGCUUUCUGCGAGCUCGGAAAUUCGAUGUGGCCCUGUCCGAGAAGAUGUUCGUCGACUGUGAAAAGUGGCGCAAGGAUACUGAUCUCGAUAACCUCGUUCGUACGUGGGAUUACAAGGAGAAGCCCGAGGUCUUUAAGUACUACCCACAAUAUUACCACAAGACGGAUAAAGAUGGUAGACCAGUAUACAUCGAACAGUUGGGAAACAUCGACUUGGCCGCCAUGUACAAGAUCACGACCUCAGAACGAAUGCUGAACAACCUGGCCGUCGAGUACGAACGACUAGCCGACCCCCGCCUCCCCGCCUGUUCGCGCAAAUCCGGCACCCUCCUCGAAACCUGCUGCACAAUAAUGGACCUCAAGGGCGUCGGCAUCACAAAAGUCUCCUCGGUAUACUCCUACGUCAAACAAGCCUCCGCCAUCUCCCAAAACUACUACCCCGAACGCCUCGGCCGCCUCUACCUCAUCAACGCUCCCUGGGGCUUUUCAGGCGUCUUCAACGUCGUGAAAGGCUGGCUCGAUCCCGUCACCGUAGAGAAGAUCCACGUGCUCGGCAGCGGCUACCAGAAGGAACUCCUCUCGCAAGUCCCCGCCGAGAACCUGCCCAAGAUGUUCGGCGGAAGCUGUGAGUGUGACGGCGGCUGCGGCUUCAGCGACGCAGGACCAUGGACUGAUCCCGAGUGGACCAAGCCCGCAAAAUGGCAACGCGAGGACAACGUUAUUGACAACACGGCCACGAACCCUGGCACGAUUCCGGAUGGUAGCGCGCAGAAGCCCGUGGAGAUGCAAGGAGAUGAGAUCAAGCCUGCUCCUGCACUGCAUCAAUUGGAGUAGAGGCGUCGGAGCGAAAAUAAAUAACAAAGUCGAUGACGAAGAGAAGAAGAAGUACAGAGGAUUUGAGUCAAGCAUAUAAAUGAUGGCUUCCGGCGUGAACCAGCCCUGCUUUCGGUCAUGUUUUGUGUUUUUGGCGAGAAAAUAACUUCUUGAAAGGUGUUUCUGAAUUACUAGAGUACAUUGCAGAAGCAUGAUCUGAAAUUCAUAAAGAC